GAUGGCGGCGUUUUAGAAGAAAGAACAGGAACCUCUAGGCGUACAUGGAAGAGAAACUUGCUAGGAGUUGAUGAAUGAAAAGAAAAAGACAAUUCAACCUGGAGAUGAACUUUAAAUGAUUGCACGCCCACAAAAGCAGGUUCUCUGAAGUACUUACGAUUUGAGUUGAGCAAACCAACCCCAUAGGCUGUUUCCUCCACACAUUUCCCAAUGAUGAUACCUGCCCUUAAAAUUGUGUUGAAUUUGGAAAUCUGUGGGAGAAGAACAGAGUUUUCUUAAAGGACAACCAAGUCUAGAGGUCACCACUGGUCAUACCCGUCAUCACGGACUUGCAUGGAUUAUGGAGGUGGUCCGUGUGAUGUUGAAAAUGUCUCUGGUAUUUUGACAACGGCCCAAUAAUCAUGGGGUCCAGUGGCCUUGGGAAAGCAGCCACGUUGGAUGAGCUGCUGAGCACGUGCAUCGAGAUGUUUGAUGACAAUGGAGAGCUGAAUAAUAGUUACUUGCCAAGAAUAGUUCUACUGAUGCACCGAUGGUAUUUAUCUUCCACUGAAUUGGCAGAAAAACUUCUCUGCAUGUACAGGAAUGCCGGUGGAGAGCACUGCGAUGAGUUUCGACUAAAGAUCUGCUACUUCAUGAGGUACUGGAUUCUGAAGUUUCCAGCAGAGUUUAAUUUGGACCUUGGUUUAAUUCGUAUGACUGAGGAAUUCCAAGAAGUAGCUAGUCAACUAGGAUAUGAGAAACAUAUUGGCCUCAUCGACAUAUCCAGCAUUCCUUCCUACGACUGGAUGAGAAGAGUCACACAGAGGAAAAAAGUAUCCAAGAAGGGUAAAGCCUGUCUGCUGUUUGACCAUCUGGAGCCCAUUGAAUUGGCUGAGCACCUUACUUUUCUGGAGCAUAAAUCUUUUAGAAGGAUCUCAUUCACCGAUUAUCAGAGCUAUGUCAUCCAUGGCUGCCUGGAGAAUAAUCCAACCUUGGAGAGAUCUAUUGCUUUAUUUAAUGGAAUCUCUAAGUGGGUCCAGUUGAUGGUUCUUAGCAAACCAACCCCCCAGCAAAGGGCAGAAGUCAUCACAAAGUUUAUCAAUGUUGCAAAGAAGCUCCUUCAGCUCAAAAAUUUUAACACGCUGAUGGCGGUGGUGGGAGGCCUUAGUCAUAGUUCCAUUUCCCGCCUCAAAGAGACCCAUUCUCAUCUUUCUUCAGAAGUUACAAAGAACUGGAAUGAAAUGACAGAGUUAGUCUCCUCCAACGGCAAUUACUGCAAUUACCGCAAGGCCUUUGCUGACUGCGAUGGCUUCAAAAUCCCCAUUCUUGGAGUACACUUGAAAGACUUGAUAGCAGUCCAUGUCAUUUUCCCAGACUGGAUGGAGGAGAACAAAGUGAACAUUGUGAAAAUGCACCAGCUCUCCGUCACCCUGAGUGAACUGGUCUCCCUGCAGAGCGCCUCUCACCACUUAGAACCCAACAUGGAUUUGAUCAACCUGCUCACGCUUUCUCUGGACCUCUAUCAUACAGAAGAUGAUAUUUACAAACUGUCACUGGUGCUGGAGCCUAGAAAUUCUAAAUCACCUACCUCCCCCACGACGCCCAACAAGCCUGUGGUGCCCCUGGAGUGGGCGUCGGGGGUCGUGCUGAAGCCGGACCCCACGGUCAUCAACAAGCACAUAAGGAAACUAGUUGAGUCUGUGUUUAGGAACUAUGAUCAUGACCAUGAUGGGUACAUUUCCCAAGAGGACUUUGAAAGUAUAGCUGCCAAUUUUCCCUUCCUGGAUUCAUUCUGUGUGCUGGACAAAGAUCAGGAUGGCCUAAUUAGCAAAGAUGAAAUGAUGGCUUACUUCCUGAGAGCUAAAUCCCAACUACACUGUAAAAUGGGACCAGGAUUUAUCCAUAAUUUUCAGGAGAUGACCUAUCUCAAGCCAACCUUCUGCGAACACUGCGCGGGAUUUCUCUGGGGCAUAAUCAAGCAAGGAUACAAAUGCAAAGACUGUGGAGCCAAUUGUCAUAAACAGUGCAAAGACCUCCUGGUUCUGGCCUGUAGGAGGUUUGCCCGGGCACCGUCCUUGGGCAGUGGUCACGGGUCACUGCCUGGAAGCCCCUCGCUGCCCCCAGUGCAGGAUGAAGUAUUUGAGUUUCCCGGGGUUGCUACCGGACAUCAGGACCUGGACAGCAGAGCCAUCACACUGGUCACUGGUUCUUCUCGCAAGAUCUCUGUGAGGCUGCAGCGGGCCACAACCAGCCAGGCCACCCAGACUGAACCUGUGUGGUCAGAGGGUGGCUGGGGGAACUCAGGGUCCCACACCUUCCCCAAGAUGAAAUCCAAGUUCCAUGACAAAGCAGCAAAGGACAAAGGCUUUGCCAAGUGGGAAAAUGAGAAGCCCAGAGUGCAGGCUGGGGUGGAUGUUGUGGACCGAGGCACCGAAUUUGAACUUGACCAGGAUGAAGGAGAGGAGACCAGACAGGAGGGUGAGGUCAGUACUGGGUCAAACCACGGGAAAAAUGCGAGGAAGGUUUCUGAGGUGCUAAGAUGAGUUAUUAUAAUGGGU